AUGGCCGUUACAAUAUGCCCUUUCGCAGUAGCAGUUGAUCGCUCCGAUGCCAGCUAUUCUGGCGUCAAGGCACCCAACUCCAAGACAUUAAUUGGCAGUGUUAAUGCGUCGUUAAUGUGUUAUAAUUGCAAUACGAACUCGUCUACAAAACCUUGCCAGUUUUGGACUUGUUUCGGCGAGUAUUGCGCCAAACUUGUCAAGCUGGACGAACAAACAGCCAAGAUUGUCGAAGUUAGAAGAUACUGCCACAUAGAUAAAUGGAAUAAUAAUAAUAAUAAUAAUAAUAAUAACAUUAAAAAGAAAAAUAUCAAUAAUAAUAAAGAGGACGACGACGAUGGUGAUGGUGAAAUAAAUAUGGGUUGUCAUCAGACCAAGACGUUCAUAAAGUGUCUUUGUGCUACAAAAUUUUGCAACGGAGCCAGCAACAUGAAGCGCCCGGACGGAUGCACACUAAUACCUUGGAGAGCCGGCAGAUGUUUGGCGUGGGAUGUUACGGUCCCUGGCACCCUUGCCAAACGAUAUGUAAGAAUGCGGCGCCCGGACGGAUGCACACUAAUACCUUGGAGAGCCGGCAGAUGUUUGGCGUGGGAUGUUACGGUCCCUGGCACCCUUGCCAAACGAUAUGUAAGAAUGCGGUUUGGCCGCGGCCAGGGCAGCGGACGAGAAAAUGAAAAAAUAUGGGAACGCCCUCCCCUCGAUGGAAUUCUUGCCAAUAUGUAUCGAGCAAACCAUAACACUAGCAACAACUACAACAUCAACUACAACAACACUAACUAA